AUGCGAAACUUUGUGGACCGAUGGGCUCGCAACCGCUUCUUUUUGGUGCUCAUGUUGAUGGGGUCAUACUCUGUUCAGAGCUUGCUCAUCACAGCUUCAAAGAAGCGAGUCGCGUACAGCACAGAUGUGGCAGUUCUUCUGGCCGAGCUGUUGAAGCUUGCAUUUGCCGCAGUGAUGCUGCCACCAGACGCACGCGCCGCCAUGUCACUGUCAGGGAGAUGGCUGUACGCCGUCCCUGCCACUCUCUAUACUUUGCAGAACCGUCUCGUGUUCGAAGCUUUGCAGAGGAUCUCUCCUCCCCAGUACCAGCUGCUGAAUAACAUGAAGCUCUUCACCACAUCACUUGUCUUCCGCCUUGUGAUGCAACGACAGCUGAGAGUGUUGCAGUGGCUGGCGCUCGUGCUCCUUGUCCUCGGCAUGGCCUUGGCAACGGCUCCAAGCAGCGAAACAGCUGCCGAGUCACCUCAGGCUGAUAGAGAAGUGCGCGUGGGAGUCUGCAUCAUGCUAGCCGUCUCGUGGUGCUCCGCCUUGGCAGGUGUGCUGAAUGAGUGGCUCAUCAAGAGGAGCCCUAACGUCUUAGAGGCUAAUAUCUGGCUCUAUGGAUUCGGUGCAGUUGCAGCGGUUUUUCAACUGCUUGUGAUGGACAGUGAGGGCAUGCAAACUCCAUUUGCCGGCUUUACAUCCUCGCUGUAUCCGUGGAGUGUGGUCCUCUGCAACGCCAUCCUGGGCCAGUCCAUUGCGUUUCUUUUUCGGUAUGCCGAUUCCAUCGUAAAACUUUAUGCGGUUUCAGCGGCAAUGGCAUUCACUGCUUUGUUUUCAUCGGUCUUCCUAGAGUUCAGCAUGGGCUUCCACAGCGCUGCCGGUUACCUCGUCAGUUUCCUGUCCAUGUGCCUCUACUACACUCCCAGCGAAGUACUGCUGUCCACUGAUGUGGAGCUCCUAGCGCAGGUCACGGCAGGUAGAGAGAAGGACAAAAGCAAGUAA